AUGCUGAAGGCCGCUAAAGAAAUCCAAGGCGCCCUCGGCGAAGACGCUGUCAGUCUGGAUGACGACGACCUGGAAAGCCAUAGCUACUCUGAAGCAUCGACAUCCAAUACCCCCACCAGACCUGUUGCCGUAAUAAUGCCAUCAAGCACAGAACAAGUCUCUCUCAUCGCCAAAAUAUGCACCAAAUACAGAGUCCCCAUGAUCCCCUUCGGUGCCGGCUCCAGCGUCGAAGGUCAUUUCAGCGCCCCUUACUCCGGCUUCAGCAUUGACCUGUCCCGCAUGGACAAUAUCAUCGCCAUCCACGAUGAAGACAUGGACGUCGUCGUUCAGCCCGGCGUGAACUGGGUGAAUCUCAACGACACGCUUAAACCAACGGGUCUCUUCCUACCACUUGAUCCAAGUCCCACGGCGCAUAUUGGCGGUAUGGUUGCGACGAAUUGCAGUGGCACCAAUGCUAUGCGUUACGGAACGAUGAAAGACUGGGUUGUGAAUUUGACUGUGGUCCUGGCGGAUGGAACUGUUAUCAAGACCCGUCGUAGACCGCGGAAGACCUCGGCGGGUUAUAACCUGAACGGCCUGUUUACCGGUUCCGAAGGCACGUUGGGUAUUAUCACAGAAGUGACGCUGAAACUUGCCAUUGUGCCCUCGCAUUUUGGGGUGGCGACGACGGCGUUUCCCUCCGUUGCGGCGGCUACGACGGCGGCUACGUCGAUGAUUCGUGGGGGUGUUGCUCUCGCGGCGCUGGAAUUGAUGGAUGAUGUGCAAAUGCGGGUGAUUAACCAAACGGGUGGUACGGGUGGGAAAAUGUGGGCUGAGAAACCGACUCUUUUCAUCAAGUUCUCUGGCUCGGAGCGAGCAGUGGAAGAUAGUAUUGCAGCGGCCAAGGAGAUUGCGCUCGCACAUGAUGGAUCGAGCUUUGUCGCAUCGCUGGAUGAAAAGACCAUGACGGCGCUGUGGUCAGCGCGCAAGCAAGCCCUUUGGGCAAUUCUCUCUGUUCGUCCCGAAGGAACGCAAAUCUGGUCUACGGACGUUGCAGUCCCGCUGUCGAAUCUAGCCGAUAUCGUCGAGAAAUCCAAGUCUGACGCGUCCAAGCUCGGAUUGUUCUCGACUGUGCUGGGGCAUGUCGGCGAUGGGAAUUUCCAUCAAGCUGUCAUGUACAACCCUGAUAUUCCGGAGCAAGUGGAGGGCGUGAAGAAAUGCGUGGAUACUAUGGUUGUGCGUGCGUUGGAAAUGGACGGUACAGUCUCGGGGGAACAUGGUAUUGGACUGGGGAAGAAACAUUGUCUGGAGAAGGAGCUUGGACCGGUCACUAUUGAUGUGAUGAGGACUUUGAAGAGGAGCUUGGAUCCGCAUUGGUUGCUGAAUCCUGGAAAGAUCUUGGAUGCUUGA